UCCUAGUAAUGCUUUCAAACGUGAAAAAAGCAAAAGUAAAGCCAACUACGGGAAUCAAUCAAGCAACAAACAAACAACCAACCAACCAACCUCAGAAUUCUAAUCACACCCACUAACCUGUUUCACUCUUAAACCACUGUCUCUCCAUUUCCCUUUCCUGUCUCACCUCCUUCCAAACGAUGGAAUCAAACAACAACAACGACAAUGAUAACAACAACGAGAUCGCAUACGAGUUCCUCCCCUACUUCAGAGCCUAUAAAGAUGGACGAGUGGAAAGAUUCUUCGGCAUCGACAGAGUUCCCACAUCUACAAAUCCCAACUCCAUUGUUUCCUCCAAAGACGUGGUCAUCUCGCCGGAAUCUGCUAUAUCGGCACGCCUCUUCAAACCCACCACCGUCGGACCAAACCGAAGACUCCCUGUCUUGGUCUAUUUUCACGGCGGAGCCUAUUGCUUUGGAUCACCCUUCUGCGCCGAGUACCACAACCACCUCACCUCUCUCGUGGCCGAAGCUAAUGUUAUCGCGAUUUCUGUGGAUUAUAGAUUGGCCCCAGAAUACCCAAUUCCGAUUGCAUAUGAAGAUUCGUGGGCUGCUCUCAAAUGGGUCGCGUCGCAUUGUAAUGGACAGGGCCCUGAAAAUUGGAUCAACGACAAUGCGGAUUUACAAAGAGUUUUUGUCGCCGGAGACAGCGCGGGAGCAAACAUCGCUCAUAACACAGCGAUGAAAGCAGGGGAGGAAGAAUUGGCGGGGCUGGAAUUGAUUGGGGCUUGUUUGGUCCACCCGGAUUUUGCCAGUAAAGAAGGGGAUGUGCCGAAGGCGUGGUUUUUUGCUUGUCCUGGUACAUCCGGAUCGAGUGACCCGAGGAUUAACCCGGCUGUGGAUUCGAGAUUGGGCAAAAUGAGGUGCAAGAGGGUCUUGGUUUGCGUUGCGGAGAAGGAUUGGGCAAAAGAGAGGGGAUUGUUUUACUACGAGGCGCUGAGAAAGAGCGAGUGGACCGGAACGGCAGAGAUCGUGGAGACGGAAGGAGAAGGGCAUGUGUUUCACUUGUUUAACCUGAAUUGCGAGAAUGCUGUGAAUUUGGUGAAGAGGUUGGCAUAUUUCAUCAAUCAAGAGUAAAGGUUUAGAUGAUGAUAUGAAUAAUGUGUUGUGUGUAGAUUGGUAUGUUGUCAUUUAUGUUACUACUCUUAUGGUUUUUGUGUGAGCCUUCCAAAAUUUGUACCAAAUGCUUUUCCUCACCACUGAUUGAGUUUUCAUUA